AUGAUCCUCGGCCCGGUGUCGCUGCUGGAUUGCCUCGUCUUUUGCAUAUUUCUCACCCCCCAGCUGCUCUUCAAUGUCGGCUUUUUCCCGACUGUGCUCGUUGUCCUGAAGGCAUUGCCUUUCUUGGUCUUCGAGUUGCCGACUUCGCUGUUACGCGAGCGCUGGUUGUUGAGCUGGGAAGAGCGGUCCCCUUUUGUGCAACGGGCCACAUUCUUCGAGGACCUUGUCAUAAGAUGUGUGCGCUAUGCCUUUGCCAAUCUGCCUACCAACAUCGGCCGUGUCUUCUUCUCAAAAUAUAUCUCGCUACCAUUUUUAAGGUUCCGCAUGCUGCGGCAUGGCUACAUCAGAUCACCUGUUAGCUGGCGUGAGUAUAAGCAACACGGCCGGCACGGCUUCCAAGGUAUCUGGAUCAAUGCGGACGCUUCUAAACCGCCCGAUGUCGUUGUCUACUACGCCCACGGAGGCGGGUUUGCCAUGGGUUCUGCCCACUUCUACCUUGAAUUUCUUUUGUCGUGGCACGCGCUGCUGGUCCAAUCGGGAUACCGAAAUCCGGCAAUUUUUGCACUCGACUACACGCUUGUCCCCGACGAGAUGUAUCCUACUCAAGUGUAUGAAACCUUGAGGGGCUACAAACAUGUUCUGUCCGUAGCAGGAGAUUCGCGGAAAGUGGUAAUAGCUGGGGACUCAGCUGGCGCAACCUUGAUGUUAACUCUGUUGCUGGAGCUGGGUCAUAUGAACGAGGCCAGGGCAUUCAAAGAAAAGAACGAUGAUUCCGCCCCGUCAGAAGGCGAAAGCCAGCAGUCGCUGCGCCAGGCGUCCGAGUCACCGCUGCCCGGGCUUUGCGUGCUAAUCUCGCCGUGGGCCAAAUUGAUAUCAAACAAACACGAAAACACGGCUAGUGAUUACCUAGACCGCGACACACUGUGGAAAUACGCGUUGCAGUACGCCGGAUGCUCGCAUGCCUACGACCAAACAGCGUCGCCUGGGCAGUGUGCCGAUCAUCGGGUAUGGGCGGAAGCUAGCCCGCCGUGCGGCUUCUUCAUCACAUACGGAUCCGAGGAAGUGUUUGCGCCAGAUAUCAAGGAUCUGAUCAACGUGUUGGUGAAAGGUGCCGAGGUAGACAGCCGCAGCGAGGACGGCGGGAUCCAUGCGUGGCCUGUGGUAUCGCUCUUCUUGUCAGACAUCGAAGACAAGAGGCUGAAGGGUCUGCGGACACUAACGUCAGCCAUCCGGAAACAUAUCCUGUGA